AUGGCAUAUUAUCAUCAGCCCAGGCAACAUUCUCGUCCAUAUCGAUAUGACGAUGACUUUGUUGCUCCCGAUCCGGAGAGAACGCAUGACCCUUACGAUGACGCUCCACCCCGCAGAGUACGAAGAGAGCCAGCAACCGAUGCGUCGUCUGGCCCACCACCCCGACGUUAUAAGUCGGAAAGAGGCCGCCGCCCACGAAGCCCAGGAAGACCUGCCUAUCGCGAUGAAUCUAUAGCAGAUGACCGUCGGCCCGGGUCUCGCAAGCGUUCACACAGAUCUGAGCCUGAGCGUCGUGGUCACAGUGCAGGACCUGAUAGACGAUCACGAAACCUAAGUCCUCCACCGUUUGGACCGCCCCCAGAUUCGCCUCGUCGCAAGGCUCGAUCCUCGCGGCCAGAACGGGAGUCAUAUCGCCCUGAACGAGAACACCGUCAGUCCUCAAGAGAGCCAAGACCUGGAAGAGAGCACGACUUGCCUGUUCGAGAUAAGCGUGGAGGGCGUCCUGAAAGAGAUCCACGAUACGAGGACAACAAUACAUCAUCGUAUCCUUACAAUCGUGAUCCAUAUGCUCAAGGUCCACCUCAGCGUGGAUAUCCAGAUGAGUCUCGAGAAGCCCGCCGGACUCAAAAUAGGGACCCCGAUUCCGCGCAUCCUCCCCGUCGUCAUGGCAAGUCAGUACCACCAGCUGCUCGAUCAAGGUCACGAGGAAGGGCUGGCAGAAUGCGAUACUCAGAUUCUGAAUCAGAUACAGAAAAUGAUGAUUACAUAGCUGGUGCUGCAGGAGCAGGAGCUGCGGCCGCUGCCAGUCGACGACGUCCACGCUCCCAGGGAAGGGAACGGCGUGGACGAAAUCAUGAAAAAUCUCCAGAUCGUGGCCGUCCACCAGUUACCCAGAAAGCCCGCGGCGCCCCGUCUGGACGUCGUAGUUCUAUGCCGGCUUCUACAAAGAACAAGGCUGCUGCAUGGUGGCAGAACCCUCUCGUGCAGGCAGGCGCACGCACUGCUUUCACUGCUGGUGCCCAAGCAGCGAUGAAAUCUGGCAAAGAGUCUGGUCCUUGGCUAGGUCCCAAGGGAGCAAAGGUAGCCACUGCUGCUCUCGGUGCGGCCUUGGUGGAUGGGUUUAUGGGUCAGAAGCAUCCUGACAGUACAAGACAAAAGAUCAUGAGGGAGGGAGUUAACUUAGCAUCGGCGCAAACAGGAAGGGUCCCAGAGCGCCGUGGCCGUUCACGCCACAACUAG